GCCUUGGAAUGGGCUGGGCAGGGAGGGGGUGGAGUCAGCGUCCCUGGAGGUGUUGAAGGUGAGAGUGGAUGUGGCCUCAGUGCCAUGGUCUGGGAAGCACAGCAGGGUUGGAUCCAGGGCUGGACUUGAUGAUCUCGGAGGUCUUUUCCAACGUGGCUGAUUCUGUGAUUCUCUGAUUGCCAUUCCUGUGGCAGCACAUGCUUGAGGCUCCAUCCCCAGGGUGAGAGAGAUGUCUGUCCAUAUCUAUCUCCAAGGUUAGUCUGUAAAUGUGUGGUGUUAGCAAAGCAGGCUGAGUUGUGGGCUGGUUGUAGAAGGAGAAAGAAGCCCCCAGCCCAGUGCAAGCAGGCAGCCCUCAGCUUGCACAUGAUGUCCCCUCCCUGCAGGUUCCUGUCCUUGAGCCCAGGCCCUGAGGUGAGGCUGAGAAUAAGUGCAAGGCAGAGGUGCUGCUGAGGAAGGAGAGCCCCGUGGUGGGGAAGGCACAAAGCUGUGUUUGCCCAUCCCCGAGCAGGUGCUGUGUCCAUCCCCUGUGUGCCAGGAUUUGUCCUUCCCAAAGCUUGGGCAGAUGAAGGAGGCUGCGAGGAAGAGGAAGAUGCCUUGGGCCCCCCAGGCAGGCCCCGAGCUGAGGACGGAGAGCCCGGAGGACAAAUCCCCCCGGCAGAGCCUGGUGGGAGAGGCCGUUUUGAAGGGCUCCCCAGCCCAGGAAGGCAGCGGGGAGGAAAAGGGCCGGAGAUCCCCCCGCAGGAGGGGCUCCAAAGCCAGCCCAGGGGGCUCUGAGGAGGAAAGAGCCAGCCUGUGCCGGGAAGGCGGCCGGAGCUUGAGCCAGAGCUCUGACCUGGUGGUCCCUGAGCAGCCUCCCAGCAGGGAGAAGCCCUUCAGGUGCUUGGAAUGUGGGAAGAGCUUCAGGAAGAGCACCCAACUCCUCACCCACCAGCACAUCCACAGUGGGGAACGGCCCUACACAUGUAGGGAAUGUGGGAAGAGCUUCAGGCAGAGCUCCAACCUGAUCCAACACCAGCGCAUCCACACUGGGGAACGGCCCUACACAUGUGGGGAGUGUGGGAAGAGCUUCAGGGACAGCUCCACCCUGAUCCAACACCAGCGCAUCCACACUGGGGAACGGCCCUACACGUGUGGGGAGUGUGGGAAGAGGUUUCAGCGCAGUGGGAAUCUCCUCAGGCAUGAGCAGACACACACGGAUGAGAGGCCCUUCCGCUGCACCGACUGCGGGAAGGGCUUUAAGCGGAACUCCCACCUCAUCACCCACCAGCGGACACACACGGAUGAGAGGCCCUUCCACUGCACCGACUGCGGGAAGGGCUUCAACCAGAACUCCACCCUCGUCACCCACCGGCGCAUCCACAGCAGGGAGAGGCCCUAUAGCUCCAGCCCCCGCACCCACCAUCUUAUCCACACUGGGGAACGACCCUACAGGUGCUCGGAAUGUGGGAAGAGGUUUAAGACCAGCUCCAAUCUCCUCCUGCAUGAGCGAACGCACACGGAUGAGAGGCCCUUCCGCUGCACCGACUGUGGGAAGGGCUUUAAGCGGAACUCCCACCUCAUCACCCACCGGCGCAUCCACAGCGGGGAGAGGCCCUACAAGUGUGGGGAGUGUGGGAAGAGCUUCACCCAGAGCGGUACCUUGACCUCACACCAACGGACCCACCAGUAAGGGGAACCCUACGAGUGCCCCGACUGCGGGAAGAGCUUCGGCCGCUGCUUCCACCCCGAAUGAACCCCCUGAUGGGGAGGCAACCCCUGGAGUCCAGUGACUGUCAGUCCAUCCCUUUCGACCACAAAGGGCCAGUCCCCUUUCCCAGGGGCAGCUUCUUCCAACAGAACCCUUCUUGGGGGGUGUGUGGAGAUUCCUGCCAUGGCUGGGGACCCCCAAAGGUCACUGCUGGAGGUUGAGAGCAGAGAUCUCCCCACCAGCGUUGGUCUGGGGGAGUUCCAUCCAUCUCUAAUUAAGAAUUAUUGCUUUUGUGCCAGCUUGAGUAGAAUGGCUUCAACAAUUGCUUUAGUGUAGAGCACUGUCCUGUCUUAUCCUGUACUCCUGGUAGUUUUAGUGUUUGUAUUGUGCAGUAAAUAAUUCUGAUGAA